AUGGAUCAGAAACUUGCUUCUGGGGAAGAAAUCGUCGUCAAAAAACCUUCUAGUAACAAGGAUGUUCUUGUGGUGUCUUCCGAGGCAUCUAUAUCUACUCCUAUAUCUGGAGCAAAUGUUACUAAACGAAAGCUAUCAGAAAAGGAAGUAAUUAGUAUAUCAUCAAAUGAUGGGGUAAUUCUUGCAACUGGAGAUGAACAGGCCAAUGCACAAUCUCUUGCUAAUUUUUAUUCUGGGGACCAUGAUGAGAAAAGCAGGCUAACAGAAACAGCUAUAAUAAUUCAGGCUGCCCUUAGAGGCUAUCAGGCGCGAGGAACAUAUAAAACUCUAAAGGUUAUCAUUCCCCUGCAAGCUUAUAUUCGUGGCCAGUUGGUUCGACGACAAGCUAUUUCUGCUUUGUUAUGUGUGAAGGCAAUAGUUAGAUUUCAAGCAUUGGCCCGUGGUUACAAGGUUAGGCACUCUGAUAUUGGCCUUGCAGUCCAGAAAAUUUUCAAGGAUACUAAAUUGCCGAAAUUUAAGGGAGUAGUUACAUCUACUCAGGCAGUGAAUUUCUCAGAUAAUGUCUUUGUUCACAAGUAUGAUGGAGAUGGUGUGGUGGCUUUGGGUGGUUACAAGAAUGAAGGAAAAUGGAAUGGAGUGUGGGAAAACGAACUCAAGGAAAGCAUAAGAAUAGCAUGCACCCUUAACCCAAGAUAUGCCUUUCAGCUUCUGGCUUCAUCACGCUCUGCUGCUUCUCCACAUCGCAAAUAUAAUACUGGUGAAUCUAAGUUGGAUUGGGAAUGGCUUGACCGUUGGACGAAAUCACACUUUUGGGUACCUCUUCAAGAAGCGCAGAAACCUGAUUCAGUGUCUGAUAAGCAAAAUGGAAGUUCUCAAAUUAAAGGAAAUGCCAGGAAAGCACCUGCUUCGAGGAUUGGUAAUGAUUUAGUCUCUGAUUCCAACAAACAUAAACGGUAUCCAAAAAAGGAUUCCAACCUCGCAUUUCAUUCAGCUAAGGAACAUACACAAAAAGAACUUGAGAAAAGGAGUUCUAUGAAAUCUCAAAUUCAGAAUGUUUCUGAUAAGUCCGAGGCUGCUAAUGAGAAGAGAACACACAUCACAAGAAAAGUUUCAGUUCAUACAAAAGUCAAUGAUGUUCCAGAGGAAGAUGCCACUGCUUCUUCAGAGAAGAUAAAACAUUUGGUAGUGUCAAAGUCAGAAGAGUAUGACCUUGAGAAAAGUCCUGGACAGCAAGCAGAAAAGCAUGAUAAUAAUGGGUCAUGUAAUGAUACUAAUGCUCCCUUUCAAUCUAGUUUGAGGAAUAGUAAAGAUGGAGGAGUCAUUGAGGAGUUGAAUAAUGUAAAUUGUAAGAAUUUCCACAGAAGAGCAUCCCUGCCUGCUAAUUUUACAGAUCAUGAAAGUGUGUUGCAUAAUAACAGUCCAAGACGUCCUAGUUAUAUGGCUCCCACUGAAUCUACAAAAGCCAAGCUAAGAGGUCAAUGCUCUCCCCGGUCUGUUAGUGAUUUGGCAGAUAUAAGUAGUAUUACUCGGCGGCUUUCUCUUUCAUCUUCGCUCAGUGGCAAGUUAGGUUCGUUCUCUCCACGAUCAGAUAGAUUCGCUGCCUUGAACAACAAGAUAAGGACUGAUAGAUCUCUAUCAUCUUCAAGGGAUGGAACUGGUAAGAAUUUAGGAUUUUGCACCCUAUUCACGUAUUCUUGA